AUGGAUGCGGCUGAAGCGAUGCUGGCAGUAGCGACGCCAGCGCCGGCGGCUGCAGAGACGCCACGGCGCAAGCCACGCCUACCUCGCAAGGCCCUGCCAGCGCCGCCGCCGCCGCCGCCGUCUGCUGUCUCUGCCCCCGGUCGUCGUGGCGGCUCCUCACACACAAACCUCCAACACGACGGCCUGGAACGGUCGGUUCGGUUGAGGUUCCCCCUCCCUCUACUCUAUUCCGUUUCGACUUUUGGAGGUUCUGUAGCUCUCCCUUCUUCUUCUUCUUUUUUGGCCCUUUCUAAAAACCUGUUAGGUAGGAGUAGCACUAGAUCAAAAAAGAACCCUGCCUUUUCGGAAUUAUUUCUACAAGUUGAGCUUGCCUUGCCCUGAUUUUUCGGUUAAGCUAUUUUUAGGUGUCGUCGUAGAGCUUCAGCUUCUUUUGAAAAAGUAGCCCUGGCCUCCGUAUGGAUCGAAGACUGACUAGAACGACUAAAGAUUCAAACAUUUGGCGUUUUUUGAGGCUCAAACUGACGAUUUCUACCUUUUCUGAACCUAACUGGACUGGAUAUUUUAGGAAUUUUAGAAAAGCUCACCAUCUGAAGAUCUGCAGAAGUAGUGGAAUACUUGCUGUAGGUCUCCAGAAGUUCUUUGAAUAGGCUUCCAAGCUUCUCUAAACGGCAAGCUGCAGAAGCUCAGCAAGCCUCAAAAGUCAUCAAGACCUUUCAAAGAACUGACUAGUUUCGAAGUCUAGCCGAACUUCUUUCUGACCUUCGGAGACUCCUAGGGAGAAGCUGAAUAGCUUCUGAAGUUUAUAAGGUCUCUAGGUAGUUCUGGAGCUUUUUAGGAUCAUUCAAAAGUUGCGCUAGUUCUGAAACUCUAGCCGUACUCCUUUUUCGGCCCCUCCAAAAGAGACUUCAUCCAUUUCUAAUCACUUUCCGCUGAUCGAUCUUAAAGGUCGUAGUCCUUGGCGCUUGAAGUUGAAAAGUGCAAAGUUUUGGGGGCACGGUGUGUGUGUGUUUACCUCGGCGCGGUGGGAAGUUUGCAGCGGUCUCUCUUCUUUUUUCUUUCUCUAUUUGUUAGUGCGUCAGCGCGAACCGAAUUCACAUUCAAAAAUGAAGCAGAAAUUCAAAAAAAUCAAGAAAUCAAACAUUUUUGUACCGCUCUUUCUCAUUGUAGGUCCGAAGGCAAGCCAUUUCGGCGGUAAAUUUGCUCCUCGAGCAUCGGCUUCUCAGUCAAGGUUUUUUUGACCCAGAAAAAAAAAAGAAUUCUAAGCCUUGACAUGCCUUCUAGAUGUUCUGCGGGCUUGCAUCGUCCCAGGAUUAUUUGAUUUAUACGAAGCGAAAUCGGAAACCUGGAUGUUUACCGCCAAUGAUCAACGCCUUGAGGCCGCAUCGGUACGCGGAAUUUUUCAACUUAUUGGAAUGGCUUCAAAAAUGCAAUCCUUGGCUUUAUACCGUAUUUCAAGACGGUUGAGAAUCGCAGAAACUGAUUUAAAAUGAGUUUGAGAAAAAAUAGCCUCCUAAUCAGGCACACUUGUGCUCCAUUGUUAAAACUUUCGUUCUCAAUCUUUAGAUGAGAAAAAAGUCUAGAUAAACCGAAGAAUUUUCGCUUCAUGAACAAAAAUUCAAUUUUCAAUUUUUGGCCUAAAAUUUCAACUGCCGCAACAAAAAGCUCAAUUUCAAGUUUUGAGGACAUCAAAAGCUAAAAGAAUUACCUUGAACCCAAGCUUUCCCUCAAAAAUUCGAAAAAAUCUUGUUUUCUCCAUGGAGCAAACUUUUGCAUACUUAAGAGGCGAUUUUUUCUCACCUAAAAUUGAGUAUUCUGCUUCAAACAGGCCAUUUUCCGAGCCUCCAGUGGCCUAAAUUUUUAAAAAAUUGCAAUCUUUGGCCUCUGUUGAUCCGAAUAGAAUUCGAAUCUUCGGCAUCGUCAUGCCAGAAGCAGAAGAAGUAGAAGAGGGGGAAAAAAAGAUGGAAAAUUGAGCGCUCCAAGAGACGACGAGGAGUCGUUUUGUUGACGUUGGAGCGAAUUUUUCUCGUUUCGUUUCGUUUUUUUUUUCUUUUUCGUAUGCAUGUCUCUGUGUUGUUAGUGUGCUAUGUGUGUGUGUGUGCGUGUGAGUCUCGACGUGUCUGCGCCGCAGCCGGAAGAGAGCACGACGAUCGGAGAGACGCAGCGAGACGAGGGACACCAGCCACACGACACUCCACAAACCGAACGCUGUCUCGCCAAUGCCAUCGCUCUGCCUGCCCACGGGCGGUGCAUUUUUUUUUCACUUCUCCCCUCGUCUGCUGGACUUUUUUUCGGUCUUUUUCUUCUUCUCUUUUUUUUUGCCCCCGCUCUGUGCCGCGUUGUAUGCAUUUUGCCAUCGGGCGCUGCGGCGCCGCGUCUCCUUUCGGCCUUUUCCUUCGGUUCUUCUGUAAGUUUCGAGGAUUGGACUGUAACCUGUAGGUUACUGUAUAGGUAGAUUGGAUCCUAUAGCUGAUUUUUGAGUGAGAAAUGGACUGUGAUAGAAUUUCUCGGCCUGAACAUUUAGAAGUUGGACUCGAAACUUGGACUCUAGGAGGUUCCUACAGUAAUCUGCCCGAUGAAUUCGGCUUUUUAUGA